AUGGAAGUGUUUAGCUUUGAGAGACAGAUUAAGCAUUACAGCAGCUAUCAGAAGAUACUUGUAGUGGGAGAAGGAGACUUCUCUUUUGCCGUUUGCUUAGCCAGAGCUUUUGGCUUGGCUGUCAACAUGUUUGCGACUUCUCUUGACUCCAGAGAGUCUUUGAUGCUGAAUUAUUCAAAAUUUAUGAGCAAUGUGAUGGAAUUAGAGGCCAGGGGAUGCAAAGUAUUGCUUGAGGUGGAUGUCCACAGCAUGAGCCAACACCCUUUCUUAAUUAGUGAACGCUUUGAUCGCAUAAUAUAUAAUUUUCCUCACGUCGGUUACUUGCACGGUCCCUUUUCUGCUGAAUGCAACGGGUUCCAAAAUCGGUUUCAUCAGGAUCUGAUAAGGGGAUUCCUCCAGAAUGCAAGCGAAAUGCUUACCGCGAUAGGAGAAAUUCAUGUGACACACAAGACAACAUUUCCUUUCAGUGAACAGAAAAUAGUGGAGUUAGCACAAGGGGUUGGGUUAUAUCUGGUUCAUGAAGAACAUUUCUCACUUUUGGAUUAUCCAGCUUAUGAAAAUAAGAGAGGAGCUUGGAUUUGUGAUCAGCCUUUUCCUGUGGGAAUGUGUAUAACCUUCAAAUUUGCCAAGCUGCACAGUUAUAUCACUUCCGGUUUCAACCUUGGCAUUACUGCUUCGGGUCCAUGGUCUGGAUAUUCUGGAAUUAUUAGUCCUCACAUGCAAUGGUCACAUCAGAAUUUGGUGUGGGCAUACUUCAAGAGUGCUCGAGAAAUGCUGACCGAAACAGGAGAAGUUCAUGUGACACACAAGACAACAUAUCCGUUCAGUGAAUGGAACAUAGUGACAUUAGCGCAAGAGGCUGGGCUAUUUUUGGUCGAUGUAGAGAGUUUCUCAUUGUGGAAUUAUCCAGGUUAUCAGAAUAAGAGAGGGGCUGGGAUAUGUGACCAAACUUUUCCUGUUGGAAAGUCUAGCACCUUCAAAUUUUCCAAGUACCUCCCGUACUGCUUCCAGUUUCCUCCUCGGUGGUUCGAGAGUACUAGUUGUCCAUGUGGUUGA